CAUUCGAUAGAACUCUUAAAUGAACUCUUAAAUUAAUUUGUUUUUGAAAUUUUGUCCCUACCCCCUUAAAAAAUUCUCAUGUCAAAUUAUUGAACCGUACUAUAGUUCAAAACACAUUAAUGUUCACACAACAACCUUUUGCAUUUAUUGCAGAAGAUCUAUAUCUUGCAAUAAAUGUUAAAUAAAAUAUUUCAAACUAAUUCAAUCGUAAUAACUCACUUUUCUCGAAAAGAUAAAAUGAAUAAAUUUGGCAGUCCAAUAAUAUAUAUACUUCCAUAAAAGCAGAUAGAUUUAUAUCCCCAUACAAAUAUUUAGGAAUAUAAAUGCAUUUUAUUCUCCCACCAAUUUAAUAAAGAUAUCCUUUAAUAUCUUCUAAGGUUUCUUAAAGUAGAUAUAAGAGCAAUUAAUGCACACAACCUCCCAAAAAAGAAGAAAAUGUGUCAAAAAUCUCAAGCAUGCACAAACUAACAAGCGCAUGUACCAUCCUUUUUAUUCUAUCACAUACUAUAACAAACACAAGGUGACAAGCUGUCUCAACCCUGCCACGUCAUAUCAAACGGCACAUAUCUCACAAUCUGAUACCCAGCGGCCACAAACCGUCAGAUCACCUUCCAAAUGCUGGUGAAUUUACCACCAAGUCUCACAACCCAGACGACACGAUAGACUUCGAACCAACUGCAAACAUGUCAUUGUCGGUGGGCCCAUUCACACUUACCGCUUGCACCAUGCCCGUUGCCUAUUUGGCACUCCAUGCCCUGCACCACUCACCCUGCCACGCGCUAUAUAUGGCCACCACAACCCAUGCCUUCUCAUCUCACUUGCACGCACCUACCCUUUUCCUGUUAUUGUUCCUCCCAUUCUUAGCGUUUGUGUGAGGUCGAUUUCAUACCACUAUGGGGCUAAACGAGAAGCCAUUGGUGCCUCCGUUGUCUCCAACGCCGGUGGACUUCCGAGCCCAUCAGGUGUUCCCAUCCAAGCACCACGAUUUUGACACUAGCAAGAGUCGUAACAUCUCUGGUAGUGUCGCCAUCGGCAGUGAUUCUGAGGAGGAGUACUUGGCGACUUCUCUCUUGAUGCUCGCACAUGGCAUUCGGGACGAGACCAAGGACAUCCGAGGGAUGGGAGACGUAAAAGGUGUGGGUGUUGACACUUUGGAGCUGGUGAAACCAAGCCAACGGGCUUAUGAGUGCUCGGUGUGUGGCAAGGUGUACUGGUGUUACCAGGCGUUGGGUGGGCACAUGACGUGCCACCGCAACCUAUUUGCACAAGUGGUGGCCGGUGAUGAGUUGUCCUCCGAUAGGACCAUGGUGGUUAAGGGGCACAAGUGCUCUAUCUGUCGCCUUGAGUUCCCAUCUGGGCAGGCGCUAGGAGGACACAUGCGGGUGCACUAUGUGGGUGGUGUUGAAGGAGGCUCUGUCAAGGAGAAGAACGUUGUGAAGACCAAGGUUACAGGAGCACUGAAGCUAGUGUUGAAAGACUUUGACCUGAACGUGCCUGUUGUGGCAACGAUGGUGGGAGACGAGGCUGAGAGCUCACAUUCAGAGGCCAAAGCGCGGAUGAUGACACUCCCCUAACCAGCGCAAUACUUGUUCAUGUUUAGAUUGUUAUCUAGUUGUUUUGGUUGGGCGAUGGGGACAGUUGACAUGGUAUAUAUGUCAUGGUUAGAUGGUUUUCUAUAUUUCUAGGGAGCUAGAAAUUUCCCUAGCUUAAAUUUUCCAUCAUACAUGUAUGCACCAUGUAUCAAUCUAUAAUUUGUGAUUCUAUCGAUUGUAUUAUGAAUCUAAA